CCGACAACAAUUUGGAAAACGAGAAGAGGAGUGUGAAGAAGGCGGCGGCGAUGGCGCAGUCGUUGGAGUUGUUGCUUAUUCAAUUCUUGAUGCCGGACAACGACGCGCGGCGGCAGGCAGAGGAGCAGAUCAAGCGGCUGUCCAAGGACCCUGCUGUCGUUCCCGCCCUCGUCCACCACCUCCGCACCGCCAAGACACCUAACGUCCGUCAGCUUGCGGCCGUCCUCCUCCGCAAGAAGAUCACUGGACACUGGGCCAAACUUUCGCCGGACCUCAAGGUCUCAGUUAAGCAGGCGCUGAUCGAUAGCAUCACCCUCGAGCACAGUUCUCCUGUUAGGCGGGCAAGUGCUAAUGUGGUGAGCAUCAUUGCGAAGUAUGCAGUCCCAGCCGGAGAAUGGCCUGAAAUAUUGCCUUUCCUUUUCCAGUGCAGUCAAAGCUCACAAGAAGACCAUCGAGAAGUGGCUUUGAUCCUUUUCAGCUCUCUCACUGAAACAAUUGGACCAACAUUUCAAACCCAUUUGGCAGAUCUACAACCUAUUUUGCUCAAGUGCCUGCAAGAUGAGACUAGCACUCAUGUUAGAGUUGCUGCUCUGAAGGCAGUUGGAUCCUUUAUUGAGUUUAUAAAUGAUGGAACAAAUGUGGUAAAGUUGUUUCGUGAUUUUAUCCCAAGUAUAUUGAAUGUGUCAAGGCAAUGCCUAGCUAAUGGUGGGGAAGAUGUUGCAUCUAUUGCUUUCGAAAUAUUUGAUGAGCUCAUUGAAUCUCCUGCUCCUCUACUUGGGGAUUCUGUGAAGUCGAUAGUGCAAUUUUCUCUUGAAGUUUGUUCAAGUCAGAGUUUGGAAUUGAACAUAAGACACCAGGCAAUUCAGAUAAUUUCAUGGUUGGCAAAAUUCAAAGCAUCUUUUUUGAAGAAACACAAGCUUGUGGUACCUAUUCUGCAAGUAAUGUGUCCUCUUCUUACAGAAACGACUGAUGGAGAUGAGGAUUCUGAUCUUUCUGCUGAUCGAGCUGCUGCUGAGGUUAUCGACACAAUGGCUAUUAAUAUUCCUAAGAAUGUUUUCCCCCCAAUAUUUGAAUUUGCAUCAUUAAACUUUCAUCACAACAACCCCAAGUUCAGGGAAGCUUCUGUUACAGCACUAGGUGUUGUCUCUGAGGGUUGUUUUGAGUUGCUAAAAGACAAGUUAGAACAUGUUUUACACAUAGUUUUGGGAGCCCUGAAAGAUCAAGAACAAAUGGUAAGGGGGGCUGCAUCAUUUGCACUGGGCCAGUUCGCUGAGCAUCUCCAGCCAGAAAUUUUAUCAUGCUACCAAAUUGUGCUUCCAUGCAUUCUGAAUGCCCUUGAAGACCCAUCAGACGAAGUAAAGGAAAAGUCAUACUAUGCACUUGCAGCAUUUUGUGAAGACAUGGAGGAAGAAAUUCUUCCUUAUCUUGAUCCUCUAAUGGGAAGACUUGUUCUCUCCCUUCAAAACAGUCCACGGAAUCUGCAAGAGACAUGCAUGUCUGCAAUUGGUUCAGUAGCUUCUGCUGCUGAGCAGGCUUUUAUUCCUUAUGCAGAGAAAGUUCUUGAAUUAAUGAAAAGUUUUAUGGUAUUGACAAAUGAUGAGGACUUGAGAGCACGAGCUAGGGCAACUGAAUUAGUUGGAAUAGUUGCUAUGGCAGUUGGGCAAACGAGGAUGGAACCUAUACUUCCCCCCUUCAUUGAGGCUGCACUCGCUGGUUUUGCAUUGGAUUACAGCGAACUUCGGGAAUAUACUCAUGGUUUCUUUAGCAAUAUGGCUGAAAUAUUGGGUGAUGGUUUUGCACAGUACCUUCAGCAUGUUGUACCUCUUGUAUUUUAUUCGUGUAAUCUGGAUGAUGGCUCCGCAGUGGACAUUGAUGAUUCUGGCAGCAUUGACAAUGGGUUUGGAGGUGUGUCCUCUGAUGAAGAUAAUGACGAACCCAGAGCUCGUAACAUUAGUGUGAGGACUGGGGUUUUGGAUGAAAAGGCUGCCGCAACCCAAGCUAUUGGCUUAUUUGCACUUCAUACUAAGAGUGUUUAUGCACCCUAUAUGGAUGAGUCAUUGAAAAUUUUAGUCAGGCAUGCAGCUUAUUUUCACGAAGAUGUCAGGCUUCAGGCUAUCAUAGCUUUGAAAGGUAUUUUAACGGCUGUACAGUCAAUUUCUACUGGUCAAAAUGAUGUCUCAGAAAAACAAAAGGAAGUUCUUGAUACUGUAAUGAAAAUAUAUAUCAGUACCAUGACUGAGGAUGACGACAAGGAAGUUGUUGCUCAAGCAUGCUCCGGCAUGGCAGAAAUAAUGAAAGACAGUGGAUACAUGGCUAUUGAGUCUUAUAUUCCUAGGCUUGCUGAGGCAACUCUAACACUUCUUCGUGAGGAAUCAUCAUGUCAACAAGUAGAAUCUGAUUGUGACGCUGAUGAUGGUGAUGUUGACCAUGAUGAGGUGCUCAUGGAUGCGGUGUCAGAUCUUCUUCCAGCUUUUGCAAAGAUUAUGGGACUUAAUUUCGAACCUAUCUUUGCCAAGUUCUUUGAUCCUCUAAUGAAAUUUGCGAAAGUUCCACACCCUCCCCAAGAUCGGACCAUGGUUGUUGCUUGCUUGGCCGAAGUUGCGCAGCAAAUGGGUCCUCCAAUAUCUGCUUAUGUCGAUAGAACAAUGCCUUUGGUACUGAAAGAACUGGGAUCAUCAGAAUCAACUAAUAGGAGAAAUGCAGCAUUCUGUGUUGGUGAAUUUUGCAAAAAUGGGGGUGUUGCGGCACUCAAAUAUUAUGGCGACAUUCUCCGUGCCCUUUACCCCUUGUUUAGCAACUCAGAAUCAGACUUUGCUGUGCGAGAUAACGCAGCUGGUGCAGUUGCUAGGAUGAUAAUGGCUCAACCUCACGCCAUUCCUCUCAACCAGGUUUUACCUGUGCUUCUGAAAGCUUUGCCAUUGAAGGAAGAUUUUGAAGAGUCAAUGACUGUCUACGGUUGCAUUUGCGGUCUGGUCAUAUCUUCAACCCCCAUGGUCAUUCCCCUCGUCCCAGACAUCGUAAAUAUUUUUGCUCAAGUUAUCGUAUCUCCUGUUGAGAGUGAAGAAGUGAAAAAUCAGAUCGGCCUUGCCAUCACUCACUUGAUUUCGCUUUACGGUAACCAAAUGCAGCCUAUCAUGGCUGCUCUUGCACCUGGAUACGCUAACGCUUUGGCUGCAUACGCGAGUAGAAGAUGAGCUACAGAAAGACACUUGCCAAGCAAUCAAGUAAUGUUUUCGACAAACUAUGCCUUUGUUGGGUGUCACUUGGAUACUUUUUGUGGUCCUUUUUUCUUCUGUUAUUCUGUAUUUACCUAUUCUUUAUAGCCUUGAGUGCUCAGUUUUGUAAUACCUUUAGAUAUAUUCCCAAUAUCAGGAAUCGAAGAGUGUGAUCGUGAAGAGUUCUUUUUCCUGUUAUUGUUGAUCAUUGUUUGGAUUUGAGACUCUGGCCAUUAAGUUGUAUGGAUGCAAUACUUUACAUGGUUGUUAAAUUUCUUUGUUCCUUGUUACCUUA